AGUUCAUCCUUGAGCUUGAUCAGGAUGACAUCGAAUUUUGUUCUUCUCAUAUUGGCCACUUUGAGUGGCCAAUCGUUGGCCGGACUACUGAACUCGUUCAGUGCUGAUUCCGACUAUACGGCGGCGUUUUUGAUGGACAGCAUGUUCGGGCUGAUCACCAACGAUACAAAGUACAUCAUGAACGGAGGAUUUACGAAUCCGAUUGAAGUAGAUGUUACGAUUUUGUGCGGGAAUCGGAACGCACCCACGCUGGUGCCAACCACGAUCGAUGAUGGCGGCUUGGGCAGCAAAAUCGACACGUCCAAGCCACUGGUACUCAUCAUCCACGGCUGGUUGGACAAUAGCAAGCGUAACUGGAUCAAGCAGAUGACGGCGGACUAUUUCCAGUUUGUGGACACCAAUUUGUGCGUUGUGGAUUGGAGUAAUUUGGCAAUCCACGGCUAUGCGUUGUCUGUGAAUCGCACCUACGCAGUAGGUGACUACGUGGCCGAAUUUGUGUCCUACCUAAGCGGUCAAGGUAUCCCGCUGUCCAAAGUGACCCUGGUUGGUCAUAGCUUGGGUGCCCAAAUCAGUGGUCAGGCCGGAAUGAAGUUGGGUGGACAGGUUGGUGCAAUCUAUGGUUUGGAUCCGGCAAGCCCCCUCUUCAAGAUGCCUUUUGACGUGGGAACGUCCAAAAGGUUGGACAAAUCCGAUGCCCAGUACGUCCAAAUGAUCAUCACAUCGCGCUGUACGCUUGGAGUCUGCGUGGGUGAUGGCCACGAGAACUUUUACCCAACGGGAGGAAUGGUUCCGCAACCGAACUGCGUGGUUCCAAUGUUUUCCAAUGCAGAAACUCCGGAGCUGAUUAGUUGCAGUCAUGCUCACGCUUGUACACUGUACCGGAAGGCACUGAACCCGAAGAACGUUUUCAACGGAAAGAAAUGCUUCGGAUACUCGGCCUUUCUGUCCAUGGCGUGUUUGUUCAAUCCGACCUCGAAAAUGGGACUCUAUUCCAGGCGUAUUGGAGGAGAUUUUUACCUGAUGACUUCGGCUAUUCCACCGUAUACAGUUUGAUUAUGUUGAUUAAAAUAUUAAUUA